GGGGAGAGAGAGACCAAGCAGAAGAGACUAUUAAGGUCCCAAAAGAAAACAAAAGAAACAAAAACUAAAGAUACCCACAGUCCACAAGUGAAAAGGAAAGCAAGCUUUAGUUGAUGAUGGUAGGAUAAGAAGGGUCAUACUCAUAUCAUAUCACUCCCCACAAAGCCUUUUGCAGAAAAACCGACCAAAUUUUCUAGAGAGAGAGAGAGCAAAGCAAAGCAAAGCAAAGGCUCUUCUUUGUUACAAAGCAAAUCAAAGCAAAGGUCUGUCUUUACUUGAUUUUCUGUUUCUUCCUUAAUACCCCUUUUAGCCCAUCUUGUCCCUGAGGAAGUAUAUAGUCUGUCCAAGUCUUUGAUCCUUCUUUUUUCUUUCUUCAUAUUCUCUCUUUUCAUCUUUACAUGAAAGAAAGAUGAGACGAUUAGGGGAGCAAUCCAAAAGCUCUUCAAUUACAAUCUUGUUUUUUAGAGAGAGAGAAGGAGAGAGAGAGUGAGUGAGUGGCGGCUACUUAAGGGUGUGGAGUGGUGUUAGAUAUAGAGAUGAUGUGUGGGAAAAAAGAACAAGAAGAAGAAGAGGAUUGUUCUCAAACUAUUCACAACAUACAAAGCUACCAAGAACAAUUACUUUUCCACCACCAUCACCAACAGAUGCACCAACAAAACUGUACUACUACUACUGACGCAUAUAUGGAUGGUGUUGGUGUUGGUGUUGGUGUUGGUGUUUCUCCAAUCCUACCAUGGUCUCUCCCUCCGGUUCACUCCUUCAACCAGGUCCACUUUGCCUCAAACCCGACCCGCGAUGACGACCCAUUUCUUCUCCCUCCUCCACAAUCAACCUAUGGGGGUUUUCUCAACAGAAGAGGUCCUUCUCUGCAAUUUGCAUAUGAUGGUUCACCAUCGGACCAUCUUAGGAUCAUAUCAGACACACUUGGUCAGGUGGUUCAUCAUCAUGGCUCAGCGGCUCCGUUUGGGCUCCAAGCCGAGCUGGGGAAGAUGACUGCUCAAGAAAUCAUGGAUGCUAAGGCGUUGGCUGCUUCUAAGAGCCACAGUGAAGCUGAGAGGAGGAGGAGAGAGAGAAUCAACAACCACCUUGCUAAGCUCCGUAGCUUACUUCCAAGCACCACCAAAACAGACAAAGCUUCAUUGCUAGCAGAAGUGAUACAACAUGUGAAGGAGCUCAAACGCCAGACUUCUCUAAUAGCGGAGACGAGCCCGGUCCCAACUGAGGUCGAUGAGCUAAGUGUCGAUGCAUCGGACGAUGAAGAUGGCAAGUUUCUGAUCAGAGCUUCACUGUGUUGUGAAGACAGGUCUGAUCUCUUGCCUGAUCUCAUCAAAACCUUGAAAGCUCUCAGACUAAGAACACUGAAAGCUGAGAUCACGACACUUGGUGGACGAGUAAGGAAUGUCUUGUUCAUUACCGGCGAAGAAGACUCAGAUAGUGGCGACCAACAACAACAACAACAACAACAGUACUGUUUGAGUUCAAUUCAAGAAGCACUUAAAGCAGUAAUGGAGAAAACAAAUGGUGAUGAUUCUUCUUCAGGGAGUAUUAAGAGACAAAGAACCAAUAUGAAUAUCCUUGAACACAGGUCUCUUUAAAAUUUUAGUACGAUGACCUCACACUGCUUUUCCCUUCUUUUUGUGUGUGCUUUUUUUGGUGUGUUUUUUUGUGUAUUGUUUUUUUUUUUUAAAAAAAAAAAAAAAAUUUCCAACCAACUAGUGUAUGUAUCUUCUUCACUACUCAUGCAUUAAAUAGGAUAUGAAAAAAAAAAAAAAAAAAUAGAGAAAGAGGACAUAUAGUGGAUUAUUUGUAUUGAAUAUAGAAACUAAUUAUAGAAUUAAAUAUAGAAUAUAAAUGAAUGGAUAAAAUUUUUCAAAACUGACUCUAUAAAAUUUUUAUCUAUUUGUAUAUAUUCUGUGUUUUAUUUCGUACUUAAUUUCUGUAUUCUUAGCCGACUUCGUUUAUGGUUAGUAGGGAUACCAAAACCCUGUUGUGUGUUGGUUUAGUUGUGCAGAAUGGCACAGAGAGAGACAGAGAGAGAGAGUGUGAGCGAGU